AUGAGUGUGGCGAGUGAUUCUCCGGUGCAUUCCUCCAGCAGUGACGAUCUUGCCGCUUUCCUUGAAAAUGAGUUAGACUCUGACUCCGACUCAGAUUCUUCGUCUGAAUCCUUCCCCAGCGAAGAAGCCGAGGAUGUUGCUAAUCAUAGGUCAAAGAGACGAAAGUUGGAGUAUGUAGAAACUAUAGUCGAGGAGAAGAUUCAGGGUGUGACUUUCUCAGGAGAAUUCUCAAAAGCAUCCUCUAGCAAGUUACCAUGUGAACACCCAGGUUCCUUUGGAGAACUGUGCUUUAAAUGUGGCCGAAGUUUGAAAGAGGAAGAAACGGGUGUUUCAUUUGGAUACAUGCACAAAGGUAUGAAGCUCACUGAAGAAGAAGUCGCCAAGAUGCGUGAUUCAGAUAAUAAAGUCUUGCAGCGCAAGCGGAAGUUGUGCCUAGUUCUUGAUUUAGAUCACACUUUGCUUAAUUCAACCGUGCUUAGGGACCUGAGACCAGAGGAGGAAUACUUGAAAAGCCUUACUCAUUCUCUUCAAGAUGGUUCUGGUGGCAAUCUAUUCAUGCUGGAGUUUAUGAAUAUGAUGACCAAACUAAGGCCGUUCGUUCAUACAUUUCUAAAAGAAGCCAGCGAGUUGUUUGAAAUGUAUAUAUACACAAUGGGAGACAGACCAUACGCAGAGCAGAUGGCUAAGCUGCUGGACCCAAAAAGAGAGUACUUUGGCGACCGAGUCAUUUCUCGAGACGAUGGCACGGUGAGACAUCAAAAGAGUUUAGAUGUGGUGCUGGGGAAAGAAAGUUCUGUCCUGAUUCUUGACGAUACAGAGCAUGCAUGGCCGAAUUACAAGGACAAUCUGAUCUUGAUAGAGAGAUAUCACUUUUUCGCUUCAAGCUGCAGACAGUUUGAUCACAGGUUCCAGUCUCUCUCGCAGCUGGAGAGCGAUGAGAGUGAACCGGAUGGGAUACUUGCCUCUAUUCUUAAAGUCCUUAAACAAACACAUAGUCUAUACUAUGAGGGUGGUGGUGGAGAAGACGCAAAUGGCAGAGACGUCAGGUUAUUACUGAAGCAAGUGCGUAAAGAAAUCCUCAAAGGAUGUAAAGUAGUGUUCAGUCGGGUGUUCCCGACAAAGUCUCGGCCAGAGGAUCACCCGCUUUGGAGGACUGCAGAAGGACUAGGAGCCACGUGCGCGACGGAAGUGGAUGCGUCUGUAACACACGUGGUGGCUAUGGACGUGGGAACAGAAAAGGUGCGUUGGGCUAUAAGAGAGAAGAAGUUUGUGGUGCAUAGAGGGUGGAUAGACGCAGCGAAUUACCUGUGGAAGAGGCAUCCUGAAGAGAACUUCGGGCUGGAGCAGCUCAAGAAGCAAGGAACAGGAACGGAAGAGAAGACUACUAAUGAUGUAACACUUGAAAAGUAG